CACCAGUUUACCUUAUACCCAGACUCACACCUUACACCUUAUAAAGACAUUUGUAAACAUUUUUUCUUAACAUUUUAUGCUGCCAAAAAAAUCACCAAAAAGUUUAACCAACUAAGAUGCAUUCGACCAAGAUUAAAGAGGGCGAUGACAGGGAGGAAAUGGAGCUAAAUCAAAUCUGGCGAGGAUGUCGUAAAAUCCAGGGUGCCAUUUUCCGUUAUAACUUCGACAUCUGUGCCGACUUAAAGCAACAUGAUCCCAGUUGCAGUGGCUUCGUGUCCGAACCCAUUUUCACGGCCGUAUUGGGCAAAUAUCGCAAGGUAGCCGGUAUGUCGGAGUCGGAACUCCGGGAUGUCACCGACUACUUUCAAAUUCGAGAUGGACGAGUUGCGUAUCGGCAGUUCUGCAAAGUCGUGUGCAGCGAAACUCUCCAUAAGACAGCCAAAUCUGAUUUGGCCACGGGACUGGAAUGGAAUGAUCCCUGGCAUGUGAAUGUUAUCCCCCAGCCGGAAGAUCGUCGGCGGCUCUGCCUGAUCUUGAUCAAAAUUGCUCAGCUAUGUAACAUUCCUCUCAUGCCAUAUUUCCAGGACUAUGAACUGAUUGCCCAAAAUGUAGGAGUAGUCACCGUUGCUCACUUUUCCCGUGUGCUACACUUCAUGAAGAUACCGCUUUCGGAGGCGGAUUUCCUGCUCCUACUUAGGCGAUACAUGAAAGAUGGAUACCUGGUCAACUAUGUGGCUUUCCUUAAGCACAUCGAUAGUAUUAUAGCCUACCUUGGAGAGCAUAAUCUACUGGACAACUCUCAUGAUAUAAUCAAGAACUUCCCAGGACGCCUAGUAGACCUAGAGCUAUCCCAAUUGCCAUCUAUCGAUGGUUGCAAGGCGGUGCAUCCUAUCUUUCCUGAUGCGUGUAACAUGCCCAAAAAGAACCGGGAUCAAUGCGACAUCCUUUUCUGCAUACAAAACUAUAUCUACAAGAACCAGGUGCGGACCUCCGAGUUCCUGGAGAGCUUUGAUGCCCUUAACGUGGGCAGCAUCACCAAAAAUCAAUUCGAACGAGCUCUUUCCAAUAUGGGCGUUGGCAAAUAUCUAAGCCAAAGGGAAAUGUCCAUUCUGCUGCAACGCUACAUUGAUCCCGUGGAUACCAAUAAGGUGCGCUGGCGAAAUUUUGCAGAUGAAAUCGAUACAGUUUUCACCAUCAAGAAUCUUGAGAAAAUGCCACAGUGUGUUGUGGAAUCGCCACUUCGUCACAUUCAAGAUCUGCCCAGACCAGGAGCUGUGCCAUGGGAGACUGUCCCGGCAAAUAUCCGUGACCAGUGCGAGGAUGCCAUGACCAAGAUACGGAUUCGCAUUCGCAAUCGCCGCCUCUAUUUGCAUCCUUUCUUCAGGAGUUACGACAAAUUGAACAGUGGACAUGUCCUCUGCAACAUAACAAAGCAAAUUUUCCGAACCAAUGGCAUCCUUCUAUCCGAUCCAGAACAGGAUGCUGUGCUGCGUCGCUAUGGCAACGAGUUGGGCUUUUGUUACAAAAAGUUCUUGGACGACGUCGACCCAGCAGAAUAUGCCAUGCCGUCCAUGGUCACCAAGCAGGAACUUGUUGAGUGCCCACCAUUCGCAAGAGACAACUUGGAGCCGGAGGACAUCAGCGAGGAGGUGAUCGUGCGCAUCCUUACGAACGCCAAGCGACAGGCUGCUGUCAAGAGUGUUGCUGUAAUAGAGUUUAUGAAGGACUACGAUCGCCAUCGCGAGGGAGAGAUCCUUGAAUCGGACUUUAAGAGAGCCUUGGACAACUCCAGUGUAAUUGUCACGGAGGAGGAGGCCAACAUCUUGUGUAAUAUCUUCCGUUCACCCCAACGCGUUUGCUGCGUUCGCUAUCGUGACUUUUGCAAGGCCCUCGACGAGAUCUUCAUCCAACUGGACACGAACCUGGGUGACCAGGUUGUGACUGCCGUGCCAUUGCUCCAGCUACCCAAUCUGGACUGCGUCGAUUGCUUCCUGAGCUUCGACGAGCGCACCAUCUGUUCCCAGGCCCUGAUGAAACUAGCCCGCAGGCCGGAUGAAAUCUCUAAUCUCAGUCAGGUGUUCAAAGACUUCGAUCGGGAACAGUGUGGCUCGAUUACACAGAACCAGUUCCUGCGCGGCAUAACAGUGCGCGACAUGCAUGUAAUGCUAAGUAGUCGCGAAUUCCAGGCCAUUUGCAAGUGCUUCGGCGUAAAGAAGGGCAUGUGCAUGGAGUUUAACUACCGCGAAUUCCUAAAAAUCCUUGAUGUACUCUAUUCCACUGGACAGAUGAAACGCAACUAUUAGAGAGAAAAUCAAAUCAAACCUCUUCAAAAUUCUAAGUGUAAUCCGAAAAUUUAGUAUUUUACUUAGGCAGCAACAAAUAAACAACAAUUUUAGGACUUUUA